AUGGAGCCGGUGAUGGCAUCGGUGGGCAAGCACUGCCAAGGACCUCUGGCCAAUUUCCAGCGAUGCAUUUAUGCGCAUCGCGAGAAUCCGUCGGCGUGCAACGAGGCGCAGCAAGAGCUGGCGCGUUGUGCAUCGGAGGCGUCGCCCACGCUGCAAACGAUCAAAAAGACGUGUGGCAAGUACAUUCAUGACUAUGACCAGUGCCUCUUUGCGAACCAGCAUGCGUCUCAGGAGGAAGUGGCCAGCCAGUGCACGUCGAAGCUGCGAGCACUGGCGGAAUGCACGGAUGCCGUCAUGUUAAAUAGCGAGUCCUCCCAGGCCGAGGCGCGCUAG